GAUUAAUCGAUCCGUAAUGUUAUAAUUAGAUAAAUUAACGUUGCGACGCGCGUCACGUCACGUCAACGUAAAUGUAAUGCUAAAUGAUGGUGAAAUAUUCAGUUACGUUUCCUCUUGUCGAUUUGCUCAAACUCGAACUGGUUUUCAUUGAUUUUUGAUAACGUCGCAAAUAAGUUUACGCCGCAGCGAGACGUGACGAACCGUUUAGGAAACGUCGUCUCCUUAAGUACAUUUUCAUCGGUAUUUAAUCAGAGAAAAGGUAUCGAUCUGGAAAAAAGUGGAAGUAACUUUAAAUUGCGUUAUAUAGAGAUUAUCGUCGUUAAAGAAAUUACUCGCUCUAAUCGAAUCUAUAUAAUUAAUUGGAUUUAUUUUAAUCGGAUGACGCGUGAGUCUUGGACUUUAAAUGUUGAGAGAGAGAGAGAGAGAGAAAUUUUCUCGCGCGCCAUGUCAUAACGAAUUUGAAACUUUCAAGACAAAGCACAAAUUGCCAAGUUUUCGCAGCAAGCGUAUACGUUAGAAACGUAUAGAGUUUUAAAGAUGUUUGCAAAGCCGAUAAAACUAUCCCCCUUCGGUUUAAGACGAAAUAUCCAUUUACGCCAACGAGUUCGGUUAAGUAACGAUAUAAACUAUCGAUAGCGCAAACUUUAUUUUAACGGGGAUCGCUACAACUUCAAAUCUUAACGCGAGCAACGACAAGCACCGAACAUCUCGUGCUUGACGCGUUUCCAUCAUUUACAACACAAAAUCUAAAUUUUCAAGUGUAAUUUCCCUACAUUGUGGAUGAGCUCGCGCUGCGAAUAGAAUAAUGCAUUAUUGAUCGCGAAGGAGGACAAACGGGCACGACAGCUGCAGCCGGGAUCUAAAUUCGUUAAAGCAAAUCAAUGAUCUAGCCUCUGGUACCGAUGAUUAAUUUGCCCUGUAACGCGGCCUCGAUGUCACAGGUCACGCCCUGUCAGAACGUACCCGUGCAGACGAGUCAGUAUAAUUUUCCAACAUGUCAACAACGGCAAACCAGCACUCAGCAGAUGCAAACUGCAGCAUGCGGUCCGUGCUCUGGAACUUCUCAAGGAGGAGUCUUCACUCACGUGUGCCAGCCGGACACUUGCAUAGUGACGCACCAAUGUACGCCGCAGCCAGUUACGAAUCUGUGUCAUCCCGUAUUUCAGAACCUACCGCCGGCUCAUCCCGGCUGCGGCCAGCUGCCGUACAAUAUUUUGGAGCAGAUUCGUGCGUGCGUUAGCAACGCCGCGCCCAUCUUCAUCCUACCCGGCCAACCAUCGCCGACGAUCCAGCAACAACAGCAGCAGCAGUCCGUGCCUCCUUUAGUACCUCAAACAGCGUCCUCGCCCCCAGCGGUGUAUCCAUCGGGCGGAUUAACUUACCCCGCCGCCUGUUAUCCGCCACCGCCGCCGUUCUACCCCUAUCCCAUGCCUCUGCCGUUCUGCGAUCCGUUGAUUCGCGGCCGCGAGACAGCGCCGAGUUGCGGAUGCUGUCGGAGAGGCGACGUCGACGCGACGGAGAUCAGAAACGUCCUACGCGCCGGCUGUCGCUUUGACGCCGCCGAUCCGGACGAGCACCGUUGCACGCCCACCCUCGACGAUACCAUUUGCUCCAAGAGGAACUGCCCGUCCUCGAUGCAUCUGCAAGCUCUGGCGUCGCAGUUUCUGUCGAUGCAGGGCGUUAUACCGUGCGCUGCCACGCGGCUGGUGUUACGCAAAGUGCCGGGCUCAAAUGUGACCACCACCAUGGAGGACACAAUGGCGAGGGCACAGAGGGCGAUAAGCACCCUGACGAAAGAUCAGUUGCUAUCGGAAUCGAGGCACGCGCAGCAAGUGAACGCGCUCAUCAACCUGCACAUGACGGCUAAUCCGCCACCUAACGUCAUCCCGAUUCUCACGCUGGUGCAGCUCAAGAUGAAUCUGCUAAAGACGCAGGUCGAGGGACUUGUCAAUCAGAAGCUAAUGGAGAUUCAGGGAGUUGGUGUGGAGGUAGACACCGAUCUGAUAGAUCCCACGGUUCUCGCCCUCAAGUCCGACGCCGAGCUACGGGACCUGCUGUCGGCGCUACGGCAGAAGGAGUGCGACGAACGUGUGAACGUGAACUUUGCCCCGUACCGGUCGCAGCGGGCGAUCGCGGAGACCCGGCUGAGCAACGUCCAGAAUAAGAUCCGUCAGGUGGAGGCGGAGUUCGAUCGCAGGCGGUGCGCGAUGCUGCCGGCGCCGACGUUGUCGUCGCGCGUCGUGCAACAAUUCUCCAGGCCGUGUUACUCGGCGAAAUUGGAGGAUCCCAGGAGGCUGUACAGCAUGCUGCCACAUGACACCCCUUGUUCGCCAGAUCCGUUCACCUACGUAAAACCUCGAAGUCCCAAGAGGCUGCUGCUGAAGCCGUGCACGGAUAAACCGGAGACCGCUGCGCGACCCGUUGCCAAUCCGGCAGCCGGUCAGCGCGCCGAUCCUCCCAAAAAUCCGGACGACGGUGGCGGUGCUGAUCGCGCGAAGGAACCUCCCGCGACUCUCGUACGGCAGCGUUCCAGCACGGAGAAUUGCACGUAUUGCGACAGGACCACGUCGGAGGAGAGCGUCGGCGAGGCUAAAAAAAAACUUCGACCGAGGAUCAUCGAGAUAGACGACGCGACGACGGCCAGUAACGUCGACGGAGCGGAACGCGGGGCAUUGCCCUUAGUGAGGCUGCCAUCGACCGUCUGCGUGAGAGUGAUCGACGCGGAGAGAUACGGGCAAAGCAGCGAGAUCAACGGAAUUCUAUGCGGCGCGAAAUGUUGGACGGCCGAGACGUACGUCAACGUCGCCGACUACGACGAGUCGGUGAAGACUUUAACGGAAUCUGAGAGCGACGUAGUUACGCUCAGCGAGAAGAUCGAUGAGAGGGAGUACAUUCGCGAGGCGCGAGAUGCGCUCGAGAUUCGAAGCCGCGACCAGACAAUGGAUCAGCAGAAAUGUGGCAGUACGCCGAACUUGCGAGCGUUUAAUAAACGAGCGGAAGACGAAAUUGCAAUUUUACAAAGAGAUGAAACGACCAAGGAACGCAACGUUGAGAUUAAAAGAGACGUCUCGUCGUCGGAAGCUGAACGAGAAGAGGUGACAGCCACGACUGCCGCGGAAGUUGCAAAUGAAGAUCCGAUAUCGAACACACGGGAACCGGAAGAAGACGGCAUAUGUACCUCGUCACUAAAGAUUACGUUAAAACCAGAAAAAGAAAAAUGCGAGAAUGGACAGGAAGAUAAAAACGGUGAAAUCUUGCAGUCGUCCGCGUCAGUGAAAGAAAACAAGAGUCAAGUAGCAAUGAGCGGAAGCGGGAAGAAAAUAAGAUUUCGCGUUGUCUCAUUGAUGACGAAUAUUGUGUACGACGAAAGUCAUAAAUGUGGAAGAAAACAAGAGAUCGCAAAGGAAGUAGCAACAAGUGAAAGAGAGACGAGCGUAACCACUGAUCCGGAUAUUGAAAAAUUAAAUAAUCGCAAUUCGAUAGAAACUCUUGUAAGAACUGCCGUCGCGCACAAUAUUACCGGAAAAGAUCACUCGGAGAAUAUGUUUCCAAAGGGAUUGGAUCUUCCAAAGCUCUGCCUCGAUCAUCAAUGCCAAACCGCAUUUAAGGAAGAUAAAUAUGCAACCGCCGCAUUGUUAAGAGCAACUGUAUUUCCUCCGUUCAAAAAUCUGCAUAAAUGUAUAACAGAUAAUGAGAAAAACGGAGACGACGUAGGAACUUACCCAAGUCCGAUAACGAAAGCAGAAAUUACGACUACAAAACGUUUAUCCCGUUGCAACGAUGUCACGGAAAGUACCUUAGAAACUCGUUGCAAGAAUAACGUGCCUUAUCAUCGCGACGUGGAAUGCGAGGGAAGCUUCAUUUCGAAAUUCUUUUUUAUCAUUGGCAACCGCGUGAUCGCCUUCGUCAAUAAAAUAAUUGCAAUGAACGGAAGAUUGUUAUACUCGAUUCGUGACGCGAUACUCGGUAAAAAUGCGAACAUUAACGUCCUCGGAAAAGACGUCCCGAUAUCCAAUCAUUCCGAAUUGAUUUCGAAAAACACCUCGCAUUCUUCCUCUGGUGUGAAUUUUAAAUCUGCCAGAAUUGGCAAACGUAAUUUUCACGAUAUAAAUUUCUUACGAGUUUCAACGAAAAAAGAAUAUAAUAGAAUACGUAAAAUAAAACAUUCAAUAAUUGAAGACCGGGAAAACGACACGAGAUAUUUAUUGAUCGGUACAUCACGUCACAAUCGCGACUCGAUACUGACGCGUGAUUUGGGUCAACCUUACAAAGUGCAAAAGAGUCUCUUGAUACGUAGUCGAUUGAAAAAUUCUCUAAAUUCGCAGGAUUAUCCGCAUCCUUUUUCUCUUUUGAAACGUACUGGGGAAAAUGUACUCGAAUCUCGUCAAGCGAAACGUAACGUAAACGUAGGAACGAUCAAAGAAAACGAAAUACGCGAGCUGAAGAGUAGCGAAAAAUUCUGGACAUUAUCGGAAAUUGUAGAAACAAACGGAAUUAAUGGUAAAAUAUCAGAAAUAAGGGAAUAUGAUAACGAGUCCGAAGAACAAAUUUUAAACGAAUAUUCGCACGACGAUAUUAAAAAUAAUAGCGUGUCUACCGUGCAAGAACGUACAGUCGUCGAUAAUACCGCGGCCGACAAUGAAUUCGUGACAAACGUUCACGAUUAUCUCGGAUUGCAAACAGAAAUAAAUACGAGUAUUUACGAAAAUCAUAGCGCAUAUGUUUAUUGAUAUCUAGCAAUUGAUAAAGAUUUAGGACAGA